GUGUCGGCGCGGCCGCGGGCCGGGAGCCGCGGUGCGGGCGGUGUCGGCGGGGCCGCGGGCGGAGCCGAGCCGAGCCAGGCGGGAGGCAGCACCGGCCGCCCCGGUCGCACAGCCCGCAGCGGCACCCGUCGGGAGCGGAGCCCACCCGAGCCGCGGGGAGGAUCGCGCAGUAAUUGGAUUUUAAAAGUUACUUAAGCCCCGGAGUAAAAUACACGGCUCAGCCGGGCGCGGUAAUAAUCCGUUUAGCCGUAAUCUAAAUCCCCGGCGCCGGGGCCGUGCAACCGAGCGGCGAGCAGCGCCUCCGCCUCGCCGCCGCUACCGCGGGACCCUGCGUGGAGGUGGCCAGAGCCGUCGCCGGGCUUCGCGCGCGUCUCCCGUCUCGUCCUCGCCGCCGCCUUCUUCAGCGGGAGCAGCUCCGGAAACUUUCGCCGAGGGACGCGCCGCCGCGCUGCGAGAGCCGGAGCCCAGCGAGAAAGUCGCGGAGGUGCAGCGCGGAGCCGCGCUCCUCUCGCCGCUGCGGAGCCGCCGCGCCCCCGCCCCGCGGAAGGGGCUCCGCCGCAGCCCUCAGGGCGCUGAUGCCCGUGGGGUGCCGCGUCGCCCGGCUCUGAGAGACUCCCCGCGGUCCCCCGGGCCAUCGGCAGCCCCGGCGAUGCGGGCUGGAGGAGGCGGCGGAGCGGCGGCUGCCGGCUGCCCUUUGCUGGGGCUGGCCGCGCUGCUGGCCGCCCUGCUGGGGACCCCCGCGAGCGCGGCGGCACAGCAGUACCACGGCGAGAAGGGCAUCUCCGUGCCGGACCACGGCUUCUGCCAGCCCAUCUCCAUCCCGCUCUGCACGGAUAUCGCCUACAACCAGACCAUCCUGCCCAACCUGCUGGGCCACACCAACCAGGAGGACGCGGGGCUGGAGGUGCACCAGUUCUACCCGCUGGUCAAGGUGCAGUGCUCGGCCGAGCUCAAGUUCUUCCUCUGCUCCAUGUACGCGCCGGUGUGCACCGUGCUGGAGCAGGCCAUCCCACCCUGCCGCUCCCUCUGCGAGCGGGCCCGCCAGGGCUGCGAGGCCCUCAUGAACAAGUUCGGCUUCCAGUGGCCAGAGCGGCUCCGCUGCGAGAACUUCCCCGUCCACGGCGCGGGUGAGAUCUGCGUGGGGCAGAACACGUCGGACGCGCCGCAGGGGUCUGGCGGGGCGGCGGGCCGGGGGGCCACUGCCCACCCCACAGCUGGCUACCUUCCUGACUUCCUCACCCCGCCACUGCCCCCCUCCGGCUUCUCCUUCUCCUGCCCCCGGCAGCUCAAAGUGCCCUCUUACUUGGGCUACCGGUUCCUGGGGGAGCGGGACUGCGGGGCCCCCUGUGAGCCGGCCCGGCCCAACGGGCUCAUGUACUUCAAGGAGGCGGAGGUGCGAUUUGCCCGGCUGUGGGUGGGUGUGUGGUCUGUGCUCUGCUGUGCCUCCACCCUUUUCACCGUGCUCACCUACCUGGUGGACAUGCGCCGUUUCAGCUACCCGGAGCGGCCCAUCAUCUUCCUCUCGGGCUGCUAUUUCAUGGUAGCAGUGGCCUAUGCGGCAGGCUUCUUGCUGGAGGAGCGGGUGGUGUGUCUGGAGCGCUUCUCUGAGGAUGGCUACCGCACUGUGGCCCAAGGCACCAAGAAAGAAGGCUGCACCAUCCUCUUCAUGAUCCUCUACUUCUUUGGCAUGGCCAGCUCCAUCUGGUGGGUCAUCCUGUCUCUCACCUGGUUCCUGGCAGCUGGCAUGAAAUGGGGCCACGAGGCCAUUGAGGCCAACUCCCAGUAUUUCCAUCUGGCUGCCUGGGCUGUGCCUGCUGUCAAAACCAUCACCAUCUUGGCCAUGGGGCAGGUGGAUGGGGAUGUACUCAGUGGGGUGUGUUAUGUAGGUAUCUACAGCGUGGACUCGCUGCGGGGCUUUGUGCUGGCGCCCUUGUUUGUGUACCUCUUCAUUGGCACUUCCUUCUUGCUUGCUGGCUUUGUGUCCUUGUUUCGCAUCCGCACCAUCAUGAAGCAUGAUGGCACCAAGACAGAGAAACUGGAGAAGCUGAUGGUGCGCAUUGGUGUCUUCAGUGUCCUGUACACUGUGCCUGCCACAAUUGUCCUGGCGUGUUACUUCUAUGAGCAGGCUUUCCGUGGCACCUGGGAGAAGACAUGGCUCCUCCAGACCUGCAAAAGCUAUGCUGUGCCCUGUCCCAGCCAUUUUGCCCCUAUGAGCCCAGACUUCACUGUCUUCAUGAUCAAGUACCUCAUGACCAUGAUUGUUGGGAUCACGACUGGCUUCUGGAUCUGGUCUGGCAAAACCCUUCAGUCCUGGCGGCGCUUCUACCACAGACUCAGCACUGGCAGCAAAGGCGAGACAGCAGUAUGAGACCCCCCCAGUCCCCUCACACGCACGCAUGCACACACGCAGAGGAGGCGGCAAUGGCUCCCUGAAGAGGGAGGAAGGGAGGCUUGUCCAAACUUUUUCUUCCUCCCAGAGGGUUUGAAAAAAACAAAAAUCUUUGCAGAAAGGCUCAGAAGGACUGUGUCCAGUGGCGCUUAUGCCCAACUAAGUGGAAGAGCACAGAAAAAGAGGCCACUGGUAGGAUGGGAGAGUCCUUCGCGUGCAAGAAGUCCCCUUAUGUCGCUCUUGUACUACCCCUGUGCAGGGGAAAAAACCAACCUUACUUAAACCAUCCUUGGACGAGCGGGAGGGGAAGCCAGAUCUGUUGAGCUGCCCCUGCCAAGAAGUAGCCAAACCCUCCCUGAAUUGCUGGGGUCAAACUGCGGCGUGGGCCGGGUAACCCUGGCCCGAGCCUGAGCUUGCUGCCUGCUUGGCUCCUUCCAGCUCAGCGGAGCCACCACGUGAGUACCGCACAGCCAGCUACGGCCCGGUGAGGUGCCUCUGCUCUGUCAGUUCCUUUUUACCUCAGUCAUACCUCUUGUAAUUGUUUUAAAGUGAAAAUUUGGCCCUCGGUCCGUUGUUCUUGCUGCUGUGGGGAAGGAGGGGGUUGCUAUUCCACACCCUGAAAAGAAAUGACUUGUUGCUUUUCAGCAGAAGGCUUUUCCCCCUUGCCUUUGUUCUAGGAGACAAAGGGGGAAACAAAAGUGUUUUCUAUGUAGAAAGGCAUAAGCAUGGGAUCAGUUUUUAUGGGCAAACUAACAAAAAGAAGUCGUUGAGGUUCACCCUUGGAUGUGAGGAGCUCGCAGAAAUAAACAUUCCUUUUAUGAAAAAAGGAGACGGCAGGAUGUUUUCCUGCCGUUCAAUGUGGGUCGCUUUUCUAAGCUGAAGGAAACACAAGACUUAGAGGGCAAGAAGAGUGUAACCAAGAGCACCUGCCAAAACAAGAGCCAUUAAAAUAUGUAACAUAAAGGUACCAGUUUGCUCUUUCCUUCCCCUAAACCUGCUUUCUCUCCUGCUUUGCAGCGGGCUCGCUGCAGGUAAAGUCAAUACACAGCUGGCUUCUGGGGACGGGAGGAACAGUUUUGGCUCACGAUGGACCCUGUGCCUGCUCCUCAGGUUCCCUGAGCUGCAUGGCUGUGACUCCUGGCACAGGAGGGGGCUGGGGUUUAGAAGCAAGCAGUUGUGAGUGAGGAGCCUUCUAAUUUCAGCUAAAAUACAGCUGGUUCAGUUUCCAGUGAUCACCUCUCGGAAGGAAAGACAUUCAAAAACCAACCAUCAGAUGCAUCGUUUUCUUUUUGAAAUGUGACAGAUUUUUCUAUGCUGAAAUUUUUACGUUGCCUUGUUCCUAUUUUAUUUUUUGCAUACUCCUUUACCUUUAUAUUCACUGAAGGGUUGUUUUUAUAAGUAUAUGUUUGUGUGUGUAUAUUCUUGCCUAAGGACAAAAUAGGACAUUCUGGAUUUUUAGCAAGUCUCUGCCCUAUAGCUGCUCUUCACUUUUUUUUUUUGGGGGGGGGAAAAGUGUCUGGAAUGAAAUCUAAAAGAGAAAAACCUGUUCAGGGUGAGGGGCAGACUGCUGCUGUCUGAGGGCAUACCAGUAGUCUGGGCAUGAGGAAUGGGCCCAUCAGCCAAAUCCUUCAGUAGAUCUGAUUUCAGACUUGCAGAGCUCGGGUUUUUGUCUUUUAUCAUGUGCACGUGGAAGAAAAACAAAUGUGUAAGACAAGUGCAGUAUGUAUAUUUUGUAAAUCUCAUUUUUGUAAGAAAAUAUGUAUUUAUGUUUUUACUUGAUUUUUUUUUUUUGAAGGUCUGUAUGAGGCCCUGCUUCAUCCCGUGUACAGAUCACUAAAUAAAUAAUUUUUAAUACAAGG